AUGAUUUCCUAUCCCAUUUUUACUGGUGGAAAAACCGAAGAUGCGAACCAGCAUCUUAAACAAUUUGAUCAAAUUGUAAAGAUGAACAAGCAAGAAAUGCAUCGAGAAAUACUUUUCCCAUACACACUUAAAGGAAAAGCACUCGAUUGGCAUAAUACACUCAAUGAUGCUUUGACCCAUGAUGAAAAGGUCACACAAUUCAAGGAGCAAUUCCAGACCGGUGGAACUCCAGAAGAACACUAUGAGGUCAUCAAAAACUUCAAGCAAAAAUCACGUGAAGGAAUUCAAGAUUAUACUCGAAGAUUUAAGUUUCAUGCAAAGCGCUGCAAGGAUUUGAUAACAGAUAAAGGAAAGAGCUUAUCCUAUAUCCAAGGACUAAAAGAAAUCUAUAGAAACAUGGUAGCAAUUGCUGCUGCAACAGAGAAUCCAGAUGAUGAAAGUGUUGAUACACUCUCCAAAGAAAUCCUCACAUUGGAAAAGCGAUUCAAGCAAUUCACAAAAGCUAUACCUCCACAAACCGAUGACGGAAACUUUUACCGUCAGAACAAUCACAACUACAAUAGAAUACCCCCUCAAGAUCAAAGACCAAACAACUAUAUUGGAAAUUAUGGAAGAAACUACAAUACAUAUCAGCCACGUGAUGGACCUCAUGACAACUAUCAACGUCCUCCCCCACGAAAUUACAAUUAUGAUCAAGAACCAUAUCGCAACCAUAAUCAAAGACCACCCCAGGCUCAAGGUUAUAAUUACAACCAGCAACCUGCACCACAACAAGAUAAUCGACCUCGGCAACCUUACCAAAAUGCAAAUCAUGAAAAUAACCAAGUCGUAAACAAUCAAGCUCCAAGAGCAAGACCACCUGCAGCAUGGAAUGUUGAGGUCGAAGUCGAAGACUCACAAACUUAUGAAGAACCAGCAAUACGAGCAAUCACGAGACAACAAUACAAGUAUCAACAACCAGAUAAUUUGGAAGAACAAGAUCACGAUGAUGAACUGGAAAUUAUCCCAGAAACCGAAUGGAAGAAAAACAAGAAAGUACUUAAAGCAAUUCAAGCUGAAUUGCAAGCACAAGAUCCAGAAACAAUCAAAGAACACGACAAACAAUCAAACAAUCAAGAAACAAGAAGUUUUACCCAAGAGGAGCUGGUACCUGUUCAGCAGAAAGAAAAGUUUCAUGUGGAAGAGCAAGCUGAAGCAAGGUUGAAGCAAAACCUGGUGGAAGAUGAACAGCCUGAUCAGAUUGAGCAACCAGCAGAAGAAGACGAAGACCUGCAGUGGAUAAAGGAGUUUCAGACGCAGGAACUUGAGGUGGUGCUUCCGAAGUUUUGUGAGCAGACGGAGCAGAAGAAAAAUUCAGUGCCAGAGUUUGACGUGGAACAGGCAGCAGCUGGACAAGCUGGCUUGGAGCAGAAAGCUGUUGUGAAGAAGAAAGAAGAAGAUGUUAGACAACAAAGAGGUGUAGAAGUUCAGAACCUUGUGGAGCAGCCAUCAAGAGGAGCCGUAUACCCAGGCCAAAGUUUCAACUUGAAGGUGGCUGGUGUGAAGUUGAUGAAGAGACGAGGAAGUGUGUUUCUCAGAUCACAAGACUUUGAGGAAGCAGCUCAGACUUAUGAAGAGGAGGAGGAGCCACAUGAGGGAGCAGCUACCCACGAUGCAGCAAUGGAGCAGUGA